AGUUCAAAUCGGAAAAACUGAUUUGCAUUAACCAUGAAGGCCGCAAAUGUUGCUAAAUCUGUGAAAAUGGCAUCUCAAAAACUAACUAAUUCCGUCGAAACUCUAGACAAACCGGAAAAAAGCAAGAUAAAAAACGUAGUAAUAAUGGACGAUAAGGCUUCAUGUAAGGAACUAGAUCAGUGGAUAGAACAGUUAAAUGACUGUAAGCAAUUAACCGAAAAUCAAGUGAAAACACUGUGUGAUAAGGCUAAAGAAAUACUGUCUAAAGAAUCAAAUGUACAGGAAGUGAAAUGCCCUGUUACGGUAUGUGGCGAUGUUCAUGGACAGUUCCAUGACUUGAUGGAGUUAUUCAGGAUAGGCGGUCGUAGUCCAGAUACAAAUUAUCUUUUUAUGGGUGACUACGUCGAUCGUGGUUAUUACUCAGUUGAAACUGUCACCCUCUUGGUAGCACUGAAAGUCAGGUAUAAAGAAAGAAUCACAAUCUUGAGAGGGAAUCACGAAUCAAGGCAAAUCACACAAGUCUACGGUUUCUACGAUGAAUGUCUAAGAAAAUAUGGAAAUGCCAAUGUAUGGAAAUUUUUCACUGAUUUGUUCGAUUACUUGCCUCUAACGGCGCUCGUUGAUAGUCAAAUAUUCUGUCUGCAUGGUGGGUUGAGUCCUAGCAUUGAUACUUUGGACCAUAUUAGGGCGCUAGAUCGUUUACAAGAGGUACCUCACGAAGGCCCAAUGUGCGACCUCCUUUGGUCAGACCCAGACGACCGCGGAGGUUGGGGCAUCUCUCCCCGUGGUGCCGGUUAUACCUUUGGACAAGACAUCUCAGAAACUUUCAAUCACAGCAAUGGUCUGACGCUGGUAUCGAGGGCGCAUCAAUUGGUCAUGGAAGGGUAUAACUGGUGUCACGAUAGAAACGUUGUAACCAUAUUCAGCGCCCCCAACUAUUGCUAUAGAUGUGGCAAUCAAGCUGCCAUUAUGGAAUUAGACGAUGCUCUUAAAUAUUCAUUCUUACAGUUCGAUCCGGCACCGAGACGUGGCGAGCCUCACGUGACCCGCAGAACUCCAGACUAUUUCCUUUAAACAUUCUUACCGAGACGACUUUUUUUUUCAACUGCAAUAUAUCAUACAACUUCAAAAAUACAAAAAAGGAAGCUUAGUUAUAUAUAAUUAUUGUAUUUGUAAAAGAAAAUUAUUAUAUAGUUUAUUGCGAUUUAAGUGACGCCUCUCCCGAAAUACCCAAAUUGAUAACGAUAAAAAUAAAAAAAUUGUAAAGUAUAUAUUUAUGGUGUAAUUUUUUGUAGAUUCUCCAAUCUUUUUUAAUGUAAUUAUUUUUACUUAGUUAGGGCCAUUGGAUCGUUAUCAAAUGAGGGAUUUUUUUCAAUAUGGACAAUGGGUUUUUGCGUCAGUCGCUACAUUUUUGUUGAUUUUUUUUUAUAUUCUCAUCGUCAUCGUUUCAGUACUGCUAGGGUGGAAAGAAACACAUAAAAAAGUUUUCGCUUUGUAUGAAAUUGUAUAUUUGUAAAUAUAAAAACAUUUUGCGACUGAAAAGGAUCGGCCUUUUUAUUAAAGCGUGCGUACCGUAGAAAAUUGCGAUUGUGUGCGAAGUCGCACCUUUGAAAGGCUAGUCUGGACGAUCUCUCAUCUAUCAUCAAUAUUGACAAAUAUA